CAGUGCGUUCGUGUUGAUUGUGCAUUAUACAUACGUAGCAUUACUCUCGAUUUGUGUAUCAUCAAACUGUGACACAUACUUUUUUAGUUACAGAGGUGUGGUGUAAAUAGAGAAAAGAUUUUUUUUUUGUUGAAAGUUUAUUAAGAUUUUUUUCUGUUAUUCAAAAUGACUGGACGCUUGCCAGCCUGUGUUAUUGACGUUGGAACUGGUUACACAAAAAUUGGGUAUGCCGCAAAUAAAGAGCCCCAAUUUAUCAUUCCAUCCGCGAUUGCUGUUCGUGAAUCAGCGCGUGUCGGUGAGCAAACAUUACGUCGUGCUGGAAAGGGUGCUGAUGAUUUAGACUUUUUCAUCGGUGAUGAAGCGUUCGAUGCAACCGGCUAUGCCAUCAAAUAUCCGGUGCGUCAUGGUCUUGUCGAAGACUGGGAUUUGAUGGAACGCUUUUUGGAACAGUGCAUUUUUAAAUAUUUACGUGCUGAACCAGAGGAUCAUCACUUUUUAUUGACUGAACCACCGCUCAAUACGCCCGAAAACCGCGAAUACACCGCUGAAAUUAUGUUUGAAACGUUCAAUGUGCCCGGUUUAUACAUUGCUGUACAAGCCGUUUUAUCACUUGCUGCGAGCUGGGCAUCACGUCCAAUCAACGAACGCACAUUGACUGGAAUUGUUGUUGAUAGUGGUGAUGGUGUGACUCAUGUAAUUCCGGUUGCCGAAGGAUACGUCAUCGGCUCAUGCAUCAAACACAUUCCAAUUGCUGGCCGAAAUAUUACUUCAUUCAUUCAGAGCAUUUUGCGUGAUCGUGAAUUGAACAUUCCACCAGAGCAGAGCCUUGAAACGGCAAAGGCGAUCAAGGAGCGUUACAGCUAUAUUUGCCCAGAUAUUGCCAAAGAGUUCGCUAAAUACGAUACCGAACCAAGCAAAUGGAUUCGCCAAUAUGAAGGCAUUAAUGCUAUUACCAAGCGACCAUUCAACGUUGAUGUUGGCUAUGAACGCUUCUUGGGCCCGGAGAUUUUCUUCCAUCCGGAAUUUUCGAACCCAGAUUUCACUACACCAAUCAACGAAAUUGUCGAUAAUGUCAUCCAGAAUUGUCCAAUCGAUGUGCGACGUCCUCUGUACAACAACAUCGUUCUGAGUGGCGGCUCGACAAUGUUCAAAGACUUUGGAAAGCGUUUGCAACGUGAUAUCAAGCGAUCGGUUGAUGCCCGUUUGCGAAUAAGCGAGAGUUUGAGUGAUGGCCGCAUUAAACCAAAGCCAAUUGAUGUUCAAGUGAUUUCACACCACAUGCAACGAUAUGCCGUUUGGUUCGGUGGCAGUAUGCUUGCAUCCACUCCGGAAUUCUAUCAAGUGUGUCACACAAAAGCUGCCUACGAAGAAUAUGGUCCAGGAAUCUGCCGUCACAAUCCAGUAUUCGGUACAAUGACAUAAGUGUAAUCAAAGAAACGAAUUAUGACAAUUGCUUGCAAUCUCAUUUGAACGAUUGUCGAUUGGUUAACGUGCUCAAUCAAGCUUAUUGAAAUUUAUUGAAUUUAGAAUUAAGGAUAAAUAUCGUAUUGAGUAGAAGAGAAAAGAAGAAAAAAAAACACACACAGUGAUACGAAUCAAUUUUCUAUCAUUUUCUAUAAUAAUUUACAAAUUUCAAAUAACAGAACAAUAAAAUUGUAUAUUUUUAUACUGAAACUUCCUAAAAUUGCGUUAAAAUAAAAUAAAGAGAGAUAUGUUUUUCUAUCGAACGAAUUGAUUGACUAAAA